AUGGCUAUUGCACAAAGGCUUCUCAUCACUAUGUCCUACGAAGCCAGCAUUCAUUUGACGUUCCCAGCUUUUGUUCUCCUGGGCUUUCUGGCUGAGAUUCUCUUUUCCUACCCAGUUGUCGUCAGAACAAAUGGCACCCUGUUGGACAGAGGAUGGGAGUCUAUCUUAUCCAGGUCCCUUGCUGGAAUGUCAGGGGAGAAAUCUGAAGUCAACUGGGAGACUGACUAUUUGCUAGGAAUCAAGAGACAUCGGAGGCUUUACUGCAACGUGGGCAUUGGGUUUCAUCUCCAGAUAUUUCCAGAUGGACAGAUAAGUGGUAUUCAUGCUGAAAACCAAUACAGUGAGUUGCAAACUGCAUCACAAUGCAAAAUGGUGGAAUUGAUAUCACUUUUUGACUUGAUUUCUAACACCCUACCUAGAACCUGAAAGCUACUGCUUAUUAUUAUUAUUAUUAGUCUUAAGUACUUCUGUGGCCUUUUUAAAUGUUUCAGGGUCAAUCAGCACCCAAAACCUCCAGGCUGAAACAUGUGCUGAAUACUUGGACAAAAUUAGAUACCAACUUAUUUUUAGUUGGUUUGACUUUACAGCCUUGAAAAAGCAAAGAGGUCUUUCUCUCUCUCUCUCUCUCUCUCUCUCUCUCUCUCUCUCUCUCUCUCUCUUUAAGAUGCUCUUCCUGUUUCCCCCCUGACCCCCUUUUUUGCAGGUAGAUGAACCUGCAGCCUGUAUGUACAGGAUGUUUGGAAAAAGUUGGGAAUACUGAUAAAUCUUAAAAGACGGCUUUCAUGGCAAGAAUAUAGGUUGUUGAUUUUAAUCCAGGAAAUUAAAAGACUGCUUUGAAAAAUAAUGCCAGCAAUUGGUUGCGAAGUAUAGAAAAUGACUUCACCAUUCAUUUUGUGAUCUACAUUGUGGAGAUCGCAGUUCAGAGGGUUGGAAUUCGAAGAGCUGAGUGGGAAUUAUAUUUAUGGUUUGUUUUAAAUGCAUUGCUGCAAGUUCUGAGCUUGCCAAAAAUGCAGAGAAGGCGGGGCUUGCUGGCUCUGAAACAGCAAUUACAUUAUGACAGCAUCACCACAGAUAAAGAGAGGGAUAUUUGUUCAUUAAAGCACCUAUUAUCACACCAAGAAAUCACUACUUAAGCCUUCCAUUUCGUUCCUCCUGCUGGAUAGAGUAUGUAUAUGUUCUGGAACAAUAUGUCCUGUAUCAGAUGUGCUACUAGAUUGAGAACAAUCAUUUCCUUCUUUCUUUUAACAAAUUAAGAAUACAAAAAAUAAUCUUUUAUCUCACAAUGGAUCUGAUUGCAGUAACAGGAUAUCUGCCACUCAAACACAUUGAGCUGCAUUUACUGUCUGGAUAGAUGGCUUGGGAGGGGGAAAGGAAGGAAAACUAGUGUGCUGGUGGUCUGAAUGCCUGUGUGUACUUGUGUACUAGAGAUAAGAUGCAAACACAUGGGGCGCUUUUACAUCUAGAGACCUGGAAGAAGGGGCAGAGUGUACAAGAACGUGUACAUUUAUGUACACGCUGCCAUUUUUAAAAAAGUUGCUCAAAAGGCAAUACACAAUUGAGGAAACAGUUAUGGACAGAAAAUAGUCUGUGAACAAGCAAAAUAGGAUAGCUACCUAUCACACACCAACUGGGCUGGUUUUUUGGGGGCAGAAGGGGUUACACUGCUGCCCAGCUUCAGUUAUGUUAAAAUAUUGAAUUACUCCAUUGAUUUCUAUGGGCAACUCUCACUUCCAUCCCUGGGAACAUUUAAGAAUAGUUUCUCAGUGAGAACCUGGAAAUUACCUAGCCAGACAGACAAUGAGAUUGCGCUUUCUCUCUCUCUCUCUCUCUCUCUCUCUCUGGCUCUCUUCUUCUCCUUCCCAGCCAUUCUGUUCCAUUCCCUCUCUUCCCAAAUUUUCAGCCUCCUCUCCCAAUAAUAGAAUCAUAGAAUUGUAGAGUUGGAAGGUACCCCAAGGGUCAUCUAGUCCAACCCCUGCAAUUCAUGAAUAGGAGGCGGUUAGCAUUCUGUUAGCACUAUUCAGUCUUGAAUAUUUUGUUUUGGGGUCUCUUCUAAGUGGAAUUGCCCUCUGGUGUGCGGCACACUCUCGUAUAGACGCACAGAAAAGAACUAGAAUUAAAAUAGGAUGGUGAUUUAGUGCACAGUCCAGCCACACUUAAACAUAUGUGUGUUCCUUUGAUUAAGAAUUAAGCUUUUAAGCCUGCCCCCCUUGAAAUCAAUGAGAAAUGAAGGUGCUUAACUGUCGGGUUCUAAAUUCACAGUGCAAUCCUAUAUAUGUCUACUCAGAAGGAAGCUCCAUUCCUUUCAGUAGGACUUGCUUUCUCAGGUGCAGAGGAUUGCAGACACAAAUGAUUUAAUUCCUCGUCUAACUGAUUAUUCACUUAUAAAAGGCAGAUCGACUAAAAUGCAUUUAUUUGUGGACCAGCCUAUUUGUGAUUUUUUAAAAUUUGGUUUUAGUUUCUUAAGAUCAGUUAGAUGAAAAAUCUGUUGCACAAAAGUUAUUGUUUUCUAUUAAAUUUUGUAUAACUUUUUAAAAUAGGGGUUUCUAUAUUUAAUAAUGUUCCUUCAGCAGCUAUAAAAACGCGGCUUUCAAUCACCAUUGCAUCUGUCUGCUUCUCUAGGUCUCUUGGAAAUAUCAACAGUAGAGAGAGGUGUGGUUAGUCUGUUUGGUGUCAAAAGUGCACUCUUUAUUGCAAUGAACAGCAAAGGGAAAUUAUACGGCACGGUGAGUAGUCUUACAAUCUGGUUUUCAGUCAAGGAAAUGCUAAUACGUUGCUAUUCGUUUUGCUGAGAAAUCUUGAAUAUUUUCACCUUUGAAAAAGUAUCAGUUCCUGUCAAGAUCUGCAUUCACUGGCAUUCCAAAAUGUAUGAGAUUAGUUGGUCCAAAUUACCGUAUUUUUUGCUCUAUAAGACUCACUUUUUCCCUCCUAAAAAGUAAGGGGAAAUGUGUGUGCGUCUUAUAGAGCGAAUGCAGGCUGCGCAGCUGUCCCAGAAGCCAGAACAGCAAGAGGGAUCGCUGCUUUCACUGCGUAGCAAUCCCUCUUGCUGUUCUGGCUUCUGAGAUUCAGAAUAUUUUUUUUUCUUGUUUUCCUCCUCCAAAAACUAGGUGCGUCUUGUGGUCUGGUGCAUCUUAUAGAGCGAAAAAUACAGUAACUGUAUUUAUUGUGCAAGAUAUAGUCUCUGUAACCUUUGUAGGAUUCUCGUGUUGCCUUGUAGGCAGUUUUCCCAUCUCUGUAUGUUGAUGGCUUUUACUGUACAACUGAUGAAUCAGAGCUGCAUGUGUGAGCUGUUUCUCAAACAGCGGCCACCAAUGUCACCAACCCGCUUUCAAAACCAUGGGGAGUUUCAAAACAUAUUUGUGAUGCAUAGUGGGAACUUGCUGCUCAAAGGAAACUGGUGCUGGUGUGUUUUUAAUCUAUGGGGCUCACCCAGCCAUCAGGAGAUACCGAAUUUUAUCUGUGACGUUACAGCUAUGAUCACUGAUUCACACAUGCAAGUUACCUUGAUAGCUGUAUUAGCCAACAAGGGUCAGCAAGGUUUACCUCGCCUGGACUGGUUAACCCCAGUGGAGAUCCCUCCGUGGGCCAGAUCGUGCGCAUGUGUGAGCACAUGCAGCCACGAUUUCCGGUGUCUGCGCAGACACGAUUUCCAGCAUCUGCGUCUGUGCAGACACGAUAUUCGGCAUCUGAGCAUGCGCAGACGUGAUUUCCAGCACCGCGGAAGUGAGUCCCCAUGCUGCGCUGGUUUAGCGCAGCGGGUGGGGACUCUCCAACCGGGUGGCUCAGUUCGGGGGUGGCUAGUGAGCCGGUUAAAUGACCCCCGUGGGACACUUGUGGCCCAUGGGCCUUAGGUUGCCUAUCCCUGAGCCAACCAUUGGUCUGUCUUUUGCACUCAUGGGAACAGUUAAUUUACAUGGGCAACGGAAUACACGAAGCCACCGUUUUCUGAUCUACCAUAUUUUUUGCUCUAUAAGACUCACUUUUUCCCUCCUAAAAGUAAGGGGAAAUGUGUGUGAAUCUUAUGAAGCGAAUGCAGGCUGCGCAGCUAUCCCAGAAGGCUUCUGAGAUUCAGAAUAUUGUUUUCCUUGUUUUCCUCCUCCAAAAACUAGGUGCGUCUUGUGAUCUGGUGCGUCUUAUAGAGCGAAAAAUACAGUAUUCUACAGCAGGUCCAACCCUCUAGAGGCUGCAAUCUACUUCCAGUAUAAUAAAAUUGGCAGUGAUCUACCCAUUGUCAUUGCCAAGAGUUUUUUGGGGAGAGCAUUGCCCGGAGUUGUCAAGCUGUUGGGGGGGAGCAUUCCCCAGAGUUGUUGAGCUUUUUUCAGGAAGGAUAUAGGCAAGAGUUGUUGGAGCGAUCCAUCAGGAGAACCCAGGCAAUAAUUUUUUUUUAUAAUCCCGCAAUCAACAAGGGGCACCCUGGCAAUCUACCAGUUGAUCGUGGUCAACCGGUUGAACAUGUCUGUUCUAUGGUAUACUACCAUGGUCUUCUGUGCUCAAAAAGUUAUUGGGACUUCUGACCAUGUUUUUCUUAACAUUUCGUUACAGGCUAUUACAUUUCCAAUAAAAGGCCCUCCCAGUAGCUUUCGUCACCACCAGCAUGGCUUAACCUACUUAAGCCUGCAUAAAAUAUUUUCCACACCAUCAUACAACACGCAGGCAGUGUUACAGCUAAGGCUCAAAUUCAGGGUCCUAACGCCAAACGUUCAACCAGAGAGUGGCAGCUCUUGGGGGCAGAGGUGUACCUAGGGAGUGGCAAAACUGGCCCCUGCUUAGGGGUGCAGGCCCAGGGUACACCAGAGGUCAUCCAGUCCAACCCCCAACAAUGCAGGAAUCUCAACCAGAUUGUGGAGUGUACCACACAUAUGCGUGUGGUGAUGCGUUGUGGCCAGGGUCAUAGGAAGGGGGGUGCGGGGGGUGCAGUCCAGCCCUGGUGUCACCCUGACAGGAGGUGACAAAAUGGUGGGCCUGCGGCAUGCAUGAGGCACACAUCUCGGUGCCCACAGGGUCCACACUGUCCGCCCACUGCCUCCCCCCCCCCAGCUGUAGGGUGGCUGAGGCCACACAACAUGCCCCCUCUCUAAGGGCACCAAGCGUCCUGUCCCAUCCCUCUCUAAGGGCACUGUGACUAUGGGCACCCCGCGGCCCCUCCUUAUGGGUGCCACGCGCCCUGUCCGUCCCUAUGGGCACCACACACACCGUCCCUAUGGGUGCCGCGCCCCGCCCUAUGGGUGGUUCGCCCCACCCUUGGGCAUGCUGCCGCAGGUGCCCAAGAGGCUUUUUCUGCCACUGGCUGUGGCUGCCAUGGCAGGAGAAGCUAUUGGCAAAAUUUAUUUGGUGUUUCGCAACUUUCUGACUAGUUGCAGGACCUUAGCCAGACCUAGCAGAGUACACGCAGAAUCCACGGAAGCAAUUGGCAACUUGGCUGCAGACAGGAUAGACGAAACAGGGACCAGGAACUUGUAGUUAGGUGUUUAUUAUAUACAGUGGACUAUUUACAGGAACAGAACACGGAUCUUAUGCUAGCUCUCUCUGAUACGACUCUCAACUCCAACACGUACAACUCCUACUAGCUCUCAUUCCAGUUAGUAGGCCAUUAAUUAUCACUCCCCUGAGAGAGCUUGACCAAUCAGGGAGCUGUCUCCAUGCCUCUGUUAUCACCAGGCAGACUUACUCCUUCAGAUUGCCUUCUGGCUGUCUGCCAAACCUUAAUUGACUCUGUGUGAGUAGCUGCAUGUACACAGUUUCCCAACAGAAGCUUCCCAUCCUGCUUGCACCAUGGCAGAAAUGGAAACAGAAACAGAUCUUGCCAAGGGUGCAAAGGACCCUAGGUGUGCCUCUGGAUGGAGGCAGUGGCAAAGAGGCCCAGUGUUGGCACCUGAGCUAGCAUGGGCAUCCCUGGUCCCAGCAACCCUGACACUGGUUGUUUCGGCUUCCUUUCUUCUGAUUUAAACAAACAAAAGUGACAAGUGGGGUGUCUUGGACCCAUUGUUGUUCAAUGUCUUUAUAAAUAACCUGGAUGGAGGAAUUGAGGGGAUGCUCAGCAAAUUUGCAGAUGACAGCAAACUAGAAGGGGUAGCUAAUGCCUCAGAAUCAGGGUUCAAAAAAUGACCUUCGCAGAUUGGAGAACUGGACCCAAGCUAACAAAAUGAAUGUCAAUAGGGACAAAUGUAAGGCUCUGCACUUAGGAAUAACCAGCUGUGCCAAUAUAAGAUGGGGAACACCUAGCUUGCCAGUAUUUUCAUUAUUUUCAUUAUUUUAUUUCUAUACUGCCCUAUACACGAAGGUCUCAGGGCGGUUCACAUUAAAAAUCACUGAAAAGGUAAAGGUACCCCUGCCCGUACGGGCCAGUCUUGCCAGACUCUAGGGUUGUGCGCUCAUCUCACUUUAUAGGCCGGGAGCCAGCGCUGUCCGCAGACACUUCCGGGUCACGUGGCCAGCGUGACAAGCUGCAUCUGGCGAGCCAGCGCAGCACAUGGAAACGCCGUUUACCUUCCCGCUAGUAAGCGGUCCCUAUUUAUCUACUUGCACCCGGGGGUGCUUUCGAACUGCUAGGUUGGCAGGCGCUGGGACCGAGCAACGGGAGCACACCCCGCCGCGGGGAUUCGAACCGCCGACCUUUUGAUCGGCAAGUCCUAGGCGCUGAGGCUUUUACCCACAGCGCCACCCGGGUCUCUACACUAAAAAUCACUUACAUAAAAUCAAAACAAAAACCAGAUCUCGCCCCCCCCCCCAAAAAGAGCCAGCUUUUUAAAAAGGGUAUAGGAUGUCAGGUCAGGCAAAGGCCUGCUUGAAGAGGAAUGUUUUUGCCUGGCGCCUAAAGAUGUGUAGUGAAGGUGCCAGGUGAACUUUCCUGGGGAGAGCAUUCCACAGACGGGGGGCCACUGCAGAGAAAGCCCUGUUCUCGUGUUGCCACCCUCCUGAGCUCUUGAGGAGGAGGCACACAAAGAAGAGCCUCAGAAGAUGAUCUCAUGGUCCGGGUAGGUUCAUAUGGAAAGAGGCGGUCCUUGAGGUAUUACGGUCCUGAGCCGUUUAAGGCUUUAUAGGUCAAAACCAGCACUUUGAAUUGGGCCCAGAAACUAAUCGGUAGCCAGUGCAGUUGGACCAGGAUUGGUGUAUUAUGCUCAGACUGUCUUGCUCCUUGUUGAUACUUCUGCAUCAACAGAAGUAUAGCGUUCAAAUCAAGGGAAGUACGGUAAUUGUACCAUUCUAUUCUGCCUUGGCAAGAACACACCUGCACUCCUGUGUCCAGUUUUGGGCACCAGAAUAUCAUUUUUCCUAUUUCUACCUUCGCUGUUUGGAAGGAGUAUUUUCAGGAGAGUAGCAAUAAAGGCAUGGACCACAGGAACCGGCCGUUUACCUUUCUCUCUCUCUCACACACACACCCAUUUAUUUAAUUGAUGUAUACAUUCCCAUUGAUUCAUCUAUCUAUCUACCUGUAUUUAAUGUAUACACCUUGAAACAAUAUGAAGCAAAACAGAUUAAAGGUGCUAUUCCAGAAAUGAAGGGAACUGUAAAGGCAACACGUAAUGACGAAUGUGAGCAGAUGUUGCAAUCACACUGUGUUUCUUUCUUCUCUCUAUUCAGGCAACUUUUCAAGACGAAUGUAAAUUCAAAGAAACUCUUCUUCCCAACAACUACAAUGCCUAUGAAUCAGAAAUGUACAAAAGCUUUUACAUAGCACUCAGCAAACAUGGGAGAGCCAAAAGAGGAAGCAGGGUCUCGCUUGUUCAGACUGUCACACACUUUUUACCCAGAUUAUGAAGACCAGAGUAAAAUGCAUUUAAACUGCCCUAUUUCAAUUUGCACAUGAGAAUCAUCUCCCAGGUAAAGAAUAUAUAUUCCCUCAUUUGUUACUAUAUAUAUAUAUAUGCAUAUAUAGGUGAAAUCUUUUGUACAGGA